UAGCGUCAGUGUGUUUGAGGCCACACGUGGGUGCAGCGUGUCUGAACAGGGGCUCCGGUCAUGGGGAAAGUGGGGAAACUUCGUUCCGGCGUUGCCGGUAAAGUGAAACGGUGGAAAAAGGGGCAUAGCAGCGACUCCAAUCCCGAGGUCCGCCGACACAGGGAGGCAGCUCGGAGCCGUUUCUUCAGUCGCCCCUCGGGCAAAAGUGACUUGACGGUAGAUGCUCUCAAACUUCACAAUGAUCUGCAGUCGGGCUCACUGUCCUUAUCAAACAAAGCUGAGAACACCCAAGAAUACAUGGAAGAUGGGAAUGAGAUGGCGAUGACAGUGAAAUCUGGUGUUUCUUUCCUGAGUGGCUUGUCUGAUUGCACUAAUGUUACGUUUGGGAAAGUGCAGAGAUACUGGGAAUCUAACUCUGCUGCUCAUAAAGAGAUCUGUGCUGUGCUGGCUGCCGUCACUGAAGUGAUCCGUUCGCAGGGAGGCAGCGAGACAGAAACUGAAUAUUUUGCUGCCCUGAUGACGACACUGGAAGCAGUUGAAUCUUCAGAGUCUUUGGCGGCAGUUGCCUACCUGCUUAACCUGGUCCUCAAGAGAGUUCCAGGUCCAGUGCUGAUCAAGAAAUUUUCAGACACCUCUAAGGCUUUCAUGGAUAUCUUGGCCUCACAGGCAAACUGUGGAGGCACCUCCGCUGUCCGUUGGAUUGUCUCUUGCCUGGCUGUACUACUACGGAAACAGGACCUGUCUGCUUGGAGCUACCCAUCAACUCUACAAGUGUAUCAUGGAUUGCUUAGCUUCACAGUUCAUGCAAAACCUAAAAUCCGAAAGGCUGCCCAGCUUGGCGUGUGCUCCAUCUUGAAAGGCAGUGAGUUCAUGUUUGCAGAUUCCGCACCCAGUCAUCACCCAGCCGCACCAUCCACUGCCAAAUUCUGCAUCCAAGAAAUUGAGAAAUCUGGAGGUAAUAAAGAAGCCACAACAACCUUACACAUGUUAACCCUACUGAAGGACUUGCUGCCUUGUUUCCCUGUUAAUAUUGCAAAGUCUUGUUGUGAGACAUUGCUGAAGGUUAUGACGUUGAGCCACGUGUUAAUCACAGCAUGUGCAAUGCAGGCAUUUCACGGCCUCUUCAGUUCACUUUCCAGCCCCUCGACGUUGACCCCUGAGCUCAACGCCCAGAUCAUUACAGCUCUGUAUGACUACCUGCCCAAUGAGAAUGAUCUGCAGCCGUUGCUGGCUUGGCUAGCUGUCAUGGAAAAAGCCCAUAUUAAUCUGUCUAGGUUGCACGGUGAACUCUGCCUUGGUCACCUUCCACGACUCUUCACCGUGUCCAUGAACUGCUUCUUGUCUCCUCAUGUGCAGGUUGUGUCUGCAGCCGCUAAAACAUUGAAGUCUCUCCUUACAGAGUGUGUCGCAGCUAAUGUUGGCAGCAUCGGCACAGUCUCUCCUUCACCUUCAUCUGGACCGGCGUUGCUCGUUUUUAAAAUGUUCAAGAUUGUUGAAGAGGGUCUAACGUACAAGUUCCAUGCUUCCUGGCCCUACAUCCUACAGGUGUUGCAGACUUUCUUUGAGGUUGCUGGAAAGCAGUGCCAUCCAUUUAUGAAAAAAUGUUUGCAGUCUCUAGCUGACCUGCGCGUUUCGACACAUUUCCCAUAUGCUGCGGAUCUAGAUCAGGCCAUAGGGGCAGCUGUGGAGAGUAUGGGACCUGAAAUUGUCUUGAAUGCUGUUCCCCUACAGAUUGAUGGCACAGAGGAGCAGUGCGACUUCCCUCGCAGCUGGCUCGUACCAGUCAUUCGAGACCACGUGAAGAACACGGAGCUUGGGUUUUUUACGAGGUACUUCUUGCCUCUGGCCACCAGAGUGAAAAGUCGAGCUGGUGAACUGGCACAGGCGGGGAGAAAUCUCGAAGCCAAAAUUUAUGACACUCUGCAGUGGCAAAUGUGGACGAUGCUCCCUGGAUUCUGCACCAAACCAGUCGAUGUUGCUACCUCUUUUAAAAACAUUGCUCGCCACCUAGGAAUGGCAAUCAGCGAUCGACCUGACCUCCGUCUCACCGUCUGCCAGGCUCUCCGCACCCUCAUUAGCAAGGGCUGUGAAGCAGAGGCCGACAGAGCCGAGGUGGCACGGUUUGCCAAGAACUUUCUCCCCAUUCUGUUCAAUGUGUACAGCCAGCAGCCGGGACCGGGAGAAGGAGCCGCAAACAGACUUCCGGUACUCGAUACAGUCAAAGCUUACCUCACCAUCACAGACAAUCAGAUGGUCAGCAAUUUCUUGGAAAAAGCAAGCAGCAAAUUGACUGAAGCAGAUGAUUCAGAAACCACAAGGUUGUACGUGCUGGAUCUCAUUGUGGCCAUGGUCCCCUAUGCUGAUCAAGUUUCCAUGACCAAGGUGUACCAGACCAUUCUGCCAUACUUGGAGGAUAAAAACAACAGCAUGCAGAAGAAAGCAUACAGGGUCCUGGAAGAGAUCUGUGGAGGGGAAAGACCUCCCUGUAAAGAGUUUGUGAAUAUCAACCUUGAAGAUCUUAAGAAGACUCUGCUGGGUUCGCUGAAAAGUGCUUCAUCGCCAGCGAAAAGGCCGCGUCUGAAAUGCCUGAUCCACAUUGUGAAGCAGCUUGGAGCCGAUCAUGAAGAAUUCAUAGCCUCAAUUAUCCCAGAGGUAAUGAUCUGUACCAAAGAAGUGUCGGUAGGAGCUCGGAAGAACGCGUAUACUCUGCUGGCAGAGAUAGGACACGCUUUCUUGCGCUUCAGGGAAGACCAGAAAGAGGCUAUGGAGUGCUACCUGGCCGUCGUCUAUGCUGGAUUGACCGGCUCAGUCACGAUGAUCAGUUGUGCUGUGCUUACACUUACAAGACUGCUGUUUGAGUUCAAAGAUCAGAUGGGAGUGGGGGUUAUUGAGCACUUGCUGGAGAAUGUGUGCCUGCUCCUCAUCUCAAAGACACGUGAAGUGGUGAAAGCGGCUCUGGGUUUCAUUAAGGUUGUUAUCUUCAUGAUGGAUAUGACCGUUCUCUCCAAGCAUGUGCAGAUGAUGUUGGAGGCGAUUGGAAAUAUAAACAGUGACAUGAGGCGUCAUUUCCGCGUAAAACUCCGGAACAUGUUCACCAAAUUUAUCCGGAAGUUUGGGUUUGAGCUGGUGAAAAGCAUGCUCCCAGAGGAGUAUCACAAAGUCUUGGUGAACAUACGCAAGGCGGAGGCAAAGAACAAGAAACAAAAAGCCAUCAAAGAGGCGGCAUCACAGGACGAAGAUGACGACGACAACAAGGCUGCAAAACCCAAAGGAGAUGGUAUAGAAGACCUCUUGGCAGAUACAGAUGAUGAAGAUGAUGAGGAUGAGAAGCCAACAAAGAAACAGAAGAAGCAGGUCAGGCAGAAGACAAGUGCUUGGUUAAAGGAGGGAGAGGAAGAUGAGCCUCUUAACUUCCUUGAUCCAAACGCAGCACAGAGAGUCUUGGCCACAAAACCAGAAUUUAAGUCCAGCAAAUUACAGCAUGACUUUAAAACCAGCGCAGACGGACGUCUUAUAAUCCCAGAUGACGAAGCAGAGGAAGAGAAAUCAAAAGAAGGAGUGGAUGAAGAGAUGGCGGAUCUUAUGCAGGAAGUUGGAAUCCGGACUAAAAAAGCACAAAAGAAGCGCUUUAGAGAAGAUAAUGAUGAUGAUGAGGCUGUGGAAAAAUCAUCACAAUACAAAGCUGGAGGUGCCGGGAUACACAGGCCGCUGUCCAAAAAGACUGACGUAGGAACAAAUUACAAAUCUAAGAAAGGAAAAGGGGAUGUAAAGCAGAAAGGCAGGCACGACCCAUAUGCCUAUAUCCCCCUAAACAAAGCCAAGCUGAACAGAAGGAAACAGGCAAAGAUGCAAGGCCAGUUCAAAGGCUUGGUGAAGGCGGCACAGAAAGGCGCCCAGGCUGGCCGAAGGAAGAGGAAAGAGAAAAAGGCUUAAGAUGCUCUGAUUUUUGGGGACUUAUCACUUGGCAUUUCUUGUGCUGCUCUGUGGACUGAUAUAACUGAGGAAGCGUGUGCAAUGCAUAAGAUACAAGAAAACUUAGUGUUACCAAAUGGUUUUAUCUUUGCAAAAAUUGUGUGUGUGUGAAGGGUUAACUAAUUUACACCCCUUUAUAAUCCAUUACAGUGAUCCAUGGUCUACUUGUAAGGAGCUCCUCCGACCUCACUCUGGUUUGGUAUAUUAGCUUUUUUUCUUCAGAUAAGUCCUAAAGCAGUUACAGCAGCUAGAAAAGUGAGAGUCCAAUGCAGUCCUAUUAAAAGAUGGCUAAACGUGACCUUAACUGCAUCGUGACCUUCACAGUAUUGGCCCCCCGGAGACAUAUAUUGGGUUUUAGCCCAGUUUAUUUCCUUUUACAGUGGAGUUUUACGUUGUAUUUAAGACCAAAACUGUAAUGCUUAUCAUCAAACUAAUUUCCAAAAUCUGAAUCCAAACCUUUUGCUGCCAGAUAAGAGACAGGUUUAACUUUUUCUAGUGUUUGAGGUGUGAUUAAGUUAGCACAGAUUUCCCUUGUGGCAUUACAGCUGCGCUGGUCUGUUCUGACACUUUGCACAGUGAACAUUGAAGACAUCGUACAUAUGUUACUGUUUAAAAGAUAUGUUAGAAUGAAUAAAACCUUUAACAACA